UAUGGAGCAACUCGUACGUGGCCACGAUGAUAUGGAUAUUUCUCAAUCAUUUAAUAUUGAGUUGAGAUUCUCUGAUGAAGACUCUAGCAAAAGGAAACAUAUCGUUCUCUCGAGAUUGUGCCUUUUAAUCUACAACGACUCUUCUAUGAGCAUUCUAGAACGGAAAUUAUAUUUGUACAAUGUUCAAUCGAUUGAAAACUGCGGCUGUUUUGUAAGAUUGACUUUUAAUGAUUGCCACCUUCAGCUUCAAUUGGAAAAUUUCAAAUUGAACGAAAACUUAUGUAACGAUAUUCAAAGAGCUAUGCUCGUCUGUAAAAAGGAAUGGAAACUGCAACAGGAAUUAAGAUCUGCCCAAUUUAAAAUGAACGUUGAAAAAAAUAUUAAAUCUAAAUUAAUGGCCAAUCAAAAGGCGAAUGAACCAAAUAUUCAAACAUUCUUAAAGGCACCUGAAAAAGCUAAAGUUCAAACUUGGCCCUGGAACGCAAAAAAAUAUCGCCGAAAGGGAUACGUUGGUUCCAGAUUGCGUCAAUUUGACGAAUGUUUUCAAGAGAUUAAAGAUAAAGUUAUUUGGAGUCCACUCGAUUGCGGAUUUAUGGAAGAACACGAGUACGAAUAUAUGUCCUCUUAG